AUGAUGGCGACCAAGAAACUCGACAUCGCUCCCGCUCCCAGCCCCGGCGUGGGCGAUGCGUCGGCCGCCAGCUCGCCCUUCGCCAUUCCCUCGCCGCAGUCCGACGGCUCCGCCUCGCCGCUGGACCCCACCGCCAAUGCUGCCUCACCGUCGCAGCCCGCCGCCCACUCGUCCGCCCUCGCGACGCCCCUCCCGCUUGCUCCAGGCCCGGGGGCAUCGCCCUACAUCACACCCGCCAUGAACCACGGCCCCUGCGGCAACAGCUAUGUGAUCCCGCCCCGCCCCAAGCCCGGCCGCAAGCCCGCCACCGACGACCCGCCGUCGAAGCGCAAGCAGCAGAACCGCGAGGCCCAGCGCGCCUUCCGCCAGCGCAAGACGCAGAAGAUGGAGGAGACGAACCGCGAGCUGCAGCGCGCCCUCGACGAGCGCCGCCACCAGACCGACAUCCACCAGCGCGAGGUCACCCACCUCAACGCCGCCCUGCACGACGAGCGCCAGCGCUCCGACGCCCUGCAGCGCAAGGUCGACCAGCUGACGUCCGACAACGACUCGAUGCGCCAGCAGCUCGACUUCAUGCAGGACAAGCUGCUGAAGCUGGAGCGCGACAUGGACUACCACCGCCGCCUGCCCCCGCAGAACCAGCUCACGCCACCCGCCUGGCGCGGCGAUGCCGACGACCACCCGGCCCCGAGUGCUGAGGCCCGUGGGGACUCUGGGCCCACCCAACCACCACCCUCCGCUACCAACCCCAUCACCCUUCCCCCGCUCGUCCGCUCCGAGCAUGCCGCCCCCAAGGACGGCUGCGGCCGAUGCGCCGACAAUGGCGACUGUCCCUGCGUCGACUCGCUCGUCGACUUUUCCGGCUCCAACCGCACUGCACGCCCGCCUGCCUCCGCCGACGUCGAGAUGCACGACGCCGCUGCCCACGACGAGGAGAUGGAGAUCGACUUCACCAAUUUCGGCAAGCGUCCCGCUGCCAGCCGUCCCUCCGCCAUGGAGCCGCCGUGCAAGCCCGGUACCUGUGAUGCUUGCAUGAAGGAUCCUCUUCAAAAGCGCUUCUGCGAAACCCUUGCCCGCGAGCGCCCCAUCAGCCGCUCGUACCUGAGCCGUGAUCUGUCUUCCUACGCCAGCGCCAAGGGCGACGAUGGCGGCCAGACCUCUGUCAAGCGUCAGCGCCUUAGUGUUCACAGCGAUUCCAUCGACUGUGCCGAGGCCUACCGCCGUUAUUUUCGCGUAGCCAACCUUCCCGUCAACGAGGAGCACCCGGCGUGGAUGAGGGAACUCAUCACCCUGCCGCCCACCCGCAACGACUCCAUCCGUCUGCAGCAGCUCAAGGCAGCGGACGAGGCCAAGCAGAAGCGCCACAUGUCUGCCUACGAGCUGGACAUGGCCUCUGUCCUCAAUGUCCUUAGUAAAGCUGACACCCGACAUAGCACCGACGACUCGUCGGAGCAGACCUCGCGCCACAACAGCAUCUCCAUCAGCACGUCGGGCAGCGGCGGUGCCAACGGUGGCAACAGCGAGAUCAGCAACGACAGAAUCCUCGAGUCGCGAGCGUCAGUCCCAAUCAACAGGAUUACCAACACCAAAACAUCGGACCUGGCCCUCCGCCCACCGAGCACCACCGCGCAGCAGCGGCCCGUCCCUGUCUCGCGCAGGACGUCGUACCAAGGCUCCAUUCAUAGCCCCAUCACGCCAUCGACUCCAACCGGCUCUGGAUUCCACCGCAAGGAUAGCCUCGCCUUCGUCAUCAACGAGAGCGGCCAGUCCGGCUCUUCCCUGCCGGGCACUCCCACCGCCUUGACACCUGCCAUCGAGGCCUGA